CCCUUUUUGUGAUGGCUGCAGCUACAUCUACCAGUAGAAAAAGGAGCCAGUGUGUAUGGGCUCCUCAUCCAUUGGAAGGAUAUGUGCUAGGCCAUGUAACUGAUGUAGGAGGUGACAGUCUCACUGUUGAAUUAGUGGAUACAGGACAUGCAGAAAAACAGAGUAUCGUUGCAGCGUAUGAGGAUGUUUAUCCAGCAGUUGAUGAGCUAUUUGAUAAACUUGUGGAAGAUAACUGUUCUUUAGUAUACCUCAAUGAAGCCACUCUCCUUCACAAUAUUCACCAGCGCUACAAGAAAGACAUGAUAUACAGUUAUGUUGCCAACAUUCUCUUGGCAGUUAAUCCUUAUAAGGAUAUCCCUGGUCUCUACACACUAGAGAAUGCAAAGAAGUACAAAGGGAAAUCUCUGGGAGUGCUCCCGCCUCAUGUCUUUGCUAUUGCUGAUAAGGUGUAUCGGGAUUUGAGAACAAAUAGAAUAAGCCAGUCUGUUAUUGUUAGCGGAGAAAGUGGUGCUGGGAAAACCGAAACAACUAAAUUCAUACUUCGUUAUCUGACGCAGAUAUAUGGGGCAGCUGCUGGGAUCAUUGAGCAACGUAUUGUGGAAGCUAAUCCUAUACUGGAAUCAUUUGGGAAUUCAACAACAGUUCAAAAUGCAAACAGCUCUCGUUUUGGAAAAUUUGUUGAAGUUCACUUUGACACUGAAUUUAAAGUCGUUGGGGGACACGUCUCGCAUUAUUUACUUGAGAAAUCGAGAGUUUGUUCACAAGUUGGCGGAGAAAGAAACUAUCACAUAUUUUAUCACAUGCUAUCAACCAGAGCACCAAAAGAAAUGAAACAAGCUCUUGGACUUGACCUCAAUACACACUAUAAUUAUUUGAGUAAUGGAUUGGUUGAUAAAAAGGCUGAUGGUGAAGGAUAUCACAAGCUAGUCCAAUCAAUGGAGAGCAUUGGAAUGAGUAACGAUGAGAAGAUUGAGCUAUUUAGAAUAACGGCAGCUGUACUUCAUCUUGGUAAUAUACAGUUUGAAGAGGAGAGCUAUGGACAAAAAGGUGGUAGUACAGUAUCAGGGGCUUCAGCUAAUGCAGUUCGUUUGGUAUCAGGACUGUUAGGAAUUGAUAAGGAUGAUCUCUGUCGGUCAUUAACUUCACGUGUAAUGACAACUACUAAGAAAGGAACAGUUGGUACUGUUAUACAUGUUCCUCUUAAACCUGAUCAGGCAGCUAAUGCUAGGGAUGCUCUUGCUAAAGCAAUUUAUGCUCGUCUUUUUGGUUGGAUCAUUGAGCGUGUCAACAAAUGCUUUCCAUUCACUGCAUCACGCUAUUACAUUGGAGUCCUUGAUAUUGCUGGAUUUGAAUACUACCAAUUUAAUUCAUUUGAGCAGUUCUGCAUUAACUAUUGCAACGAGAAGCUACAGCAGCUUUUUAAUGAAAGGGUCCUAAAAGAGGAGCAAGAGUUGUAUAAAAGAGAAGGUCUUGGAAUACCCACUGUGAGAUAUGUAGACAAUCAAGACUGCAUUGACCUUAUAGAGUCUGGUGGCAAUGGAAUAAUAGAUAUUCUUGAUGAAGAGUGCAAGGUGCCAAGAGGAUCAAACGAGCAGUUCACUGAGUCAAUACAUAAGAAGUUCACUGGCCAUUUUCGUGUGCAGUUACCAAGACAGUCAAGAUUGAGUCAGCAUAAAUCUCUGCGUGAUGAAGAGGGUUUCAUUAUACGUCAUUUUGCUGGUGCCGUCUGCUAUAAAACCGUUGGAUUUCUUGAUAAGAAUAACGAUGCAUUGCACAGUAGCUUAGAGCAGCUACUGAUGACUAGCAGUGACACUUUGAUACAGUCAUUGUUCCCUGAGAAAAAGACAACCAGCCCAUCACUUGCAAAGAAACUGGUCCUGGAGAGUGUGAGCAGUAAAUUCAGAACCCAGUUGAAUCAGUUGAUGCAGAAGCUAAGAGAAACAGACGCUAGUUUCAUACGGUGUUUGAAACCUAAUCAAGAUAUGAUACCAGGAAAGUUUCUUGGAGGCCAAGUACUUUCGCAACUACAGUGUGCUGGCAUGGUUGCUGUGUUGAAGCUAAUGGAAGGUGGGUAUCCCUCGCGUACUCAAUUCAUUGACUUGUACAACAUGUACAAGGCAGUAUUACCUGAUGACUUAGUUAAGCUGGAUCCUAGGAUGUUCUGUGAAGCUCUCUUUCGUGCAAUUGGGAUAAAAGAUAGAGAGUUUAAAUUUGGUCAUAACAAGGUGUUCUUUAGAGCAGGGAAGUUUGCGGAGUUUGAUGAAGUAAUGCAAAGUGAUCCUGAAAAACUAUCCAAGAUGAUAUUAAAAGUCAAACAAUGGCUGAUAUCAAAGCAAUGGAGAAAAAUCAUUUAUGGAGCUAUCUCUGUUCAAAAAUUAUCUAGAAAAAUAAAGUACAGACAUGAAAGUGCAAUUAUAAUACAAUCAGUUGUACGAAUGACAUUAGCUCUCAGAAAAUAUAGACCAAGAUACAAAAGUGUCAGAGAUUUAAAGCAACUCAAAGUAGGAAUUGAGGAGUUGAACACUCUUGCUUUAAAACUGAAGAGCAACCAACAGAAUAUGAUACAGAGGAGCAAAGAGCUUUCCUCAGCAGUUGAUAAACAGAUACAAGAAUUAAAGACCAUCUCACUGUCUUUGUCAAGGGAUGACAUUGAUAGACAGUACAUUAAACUAGUGAAUGAUGUUGAGAAAUAUAUGAAUGAGCUACAGUUGAGACAAGAACAGGAAAAAGUUGAAGAGGAGGAAAGAAAACUGAUGCAACAGCUAAAAGAAAAACAAGAAAAAGAAAAAAGACAGAGAGAGGAAGAGCUUGCAAGAUUGAAGGCACAAAAAGAAGAGGAAGAGAGACAGAAAGAAGAAAACAGAAAAAGACAAGAAUUAGAGACUCUAAAGUAUCUACAAGAAAAGAAAGAGCAAGAAAAGAGAGAUCAAAUAUUAGCACAUCAACUCCAACUAACAAUGGAUACACAGGCAAUGCUAGCUGCAGAGCAAGAAAGAAGAGACUUUGAACUAGCACUGAGACUAUCUCAAAAUGAUGCCCAAUCUCAAGCUAUCAUCAUAGAGCAGUCAAAAAGAAAUCAAAGGCAACAGGAGCAGAAGAAGCCAUCACGUGCACCACAGACAAUGACAUUACAACAGAUUGGAGCCUCCCUCAAGAGCUAUGACCUUACCAAGUGGAAGUAUGCACAGCUCAGAGAUACCAUAAACACCUCCUGUGAUAUUAAACUAAUUGAAGAAUGCAAGGAUGAACUCCACAGAAGGUUGCGUGCGUAUCAUUCAUGGCGUGAUGCUAACACUGGCCAAGCAAGUGAAGAGAAUCAAAGAAUACCGCAACAAGCUUUAGCACAAACAGGAGCCAGUUCUAUGCCCACCCCUGCACCAAAUCAACAGCACAGAUACUUUAAGGUGCCAUUCCUUCGUCCAUCAGAUAAUGACGACAAGUCGGGAAAGACCAGAGGUUGGUGGUAUGCACAUUUUGAUGGAAACUGGAUUGCCAGACAAUUGGAGCUGCACCCAAAUCAAGCACCUCUCCUCCUUUAUGCCGGGUAUGAUGAUAUGGAGAUGUGUGAGCUGAGAUUAGAAGAGACAGGGCUGACAAGAAAAAAGGGGGCAGAGAUCAGCAAAGAACAUUUUGAUGAAGUCUGGAGUAAAUGCGGCGGUAAACCGUACAAUCCUCCAACAACAAAACUCUGAACAUCGUAUAUUAUUAUUUAUUUUACAGCAAAUAUUUUGAAACAUUUUGCAAGUUUUAUAGUAAAACAAA